CGCGGUGGCAGGGCGGCGAGCGAAGAACGAGCGGCACACAGCAAACUUCAGGCGUUCUGCGCGGGCAACGGGGAGUUCGCGUUCACGCCGCUGUUCUUCGGAAGGGGGGGGGCAGGGGCGGGGGGGAAGGGGAAGGAAGGCACGAAGGGGAGGGCAGGAACGGGGGGGGAGGGGCGAGGCGAGGAGAAACGAACGCGCGAAACAUCUCCGGGGGGACGGGCCGAUUGGCGGCCGGAGGGAAAGGGCCGUAGCCCUCAAGUUACGUCGAUGUUCUUGCCGCCAUCUAUUUCCUCGUUGACGUGCUUGCUCAUUUUCCGCUCGUCCGUUUUCUGGCCGACGCUCUGCAAUAAUUGUUCGUUGGUGCAACCGUGACAUCGUUCAGCUCGUAAGCGGGCUGCUUCACGCAACUUGCCGCUUCUCACCAGGGUUUCGACGAUGCCGCCACGGCGGGUCGUCCCAUCCCGGCGCCCUCUGGGACAGUCUACCGGCUCUCCUCGACAGGGUGGGAACCACAUCCACAAACAUCUCCUCGAGAUCAUUCCUGCCGGCCCUACCGUUCACCCAGGGCACGAGCACACCGUGCCACCACGGAGCCACGCCUUGCCAAACGGGCCGGCGACAUGAGCGAAACGAUUAAAUGAUUUCUUCCGGGUGCAACCGUGACGUCGUUCAGCUCGCGGGCAGGCCGCCUCGCGCAACUGCCGCUUCUCAGCAGGGUCUCGACGAUGCCGCGGCGGCGGGUUGUCGCCCAUCUCCACUGCGGCGUCCUCCUUGUCAAUAUUAUCCUGCUCGUCCUCUUCCUCAUACACCUCGGCGUCGCCAUCGAGGUCGUCGCAAUCGUCAGUCUCCUUUGUGUGACCUCAUUUCUCAUAUUUUGGCCCGCGAUAUCAUCCUCGGCGAAGCCGUACAAAUCGAUGCACUUCUUGAAGAUGGCGAACGGUUUGCCGCCCGUUCCGGUUUUCAGCGGCGGCGCUCCCACAUCGGAUUGCGCGGCGAGUGGCCGACCGGGCAUCAGCUGUGAGAUCUCCGCACCGGGCUCCGCAAAGUCUUCCAGCGAGACGCAACAGUUCGAUGCUUCGACGUUGUCAACUCUCUGCGUGAUGCUUGCGUCACACGAGCAAAAGUCAGAGAUGACGAUCUUGUCUUUCACUAUCUUUGCAACGUUUUCGAUGGCCAUGACCUGGAACGUAGACGUUUUCAGCUUCUCCAAUAUUGCGAGUAGGCGGUCGUGAAUGCUAGCCUCGCUCCGUCUCCUUCUCGAUGCCGUCGCAGUCUCUGGCUCGUCCAUCGGUUCGCUUUCCGCCGCGGGCGGGACACGGGCAGGAAACUUCUGCCUCGGGCACCUUGGACCU